AUGGUAGAUGCACAGACACAGUAUUCACCACCAACUGUCCUACCAAGCGAUUCAUCGUCUAGGACACCUACAACAGCUACCCAGAUUGCUGAUUUGCAGAUUGUCGAGCAAGAGUCGGAGUCGAGUCAAUCAGACAGUUCGGAAGCUGCGAUUGUUGAAGCUGCAACUCGCCAGUCACCAUCUGUCUCGGAUCCCAAUGAGAUGUCAGCUGCCCAAACGGGCACAAUAGCAACAUCUGCUUCAACGGCGUCAUUGCCAAUUGACAAACCCGAACCUGAAAUUGCGAAACGAGAACCUCUCCAGCGCAAACCUUCACAGUCCUACAAGCGCAACCACUCAACCGCAGAGGAGGUUGCAAACCCUUCUACAGUUUCGUCUGAUCACGAUGCAAGCAUACCACCAAUCACCUCAAAAGAAGAGCGUCGCAAAUCCUCUACUCCAUCCUCUGCGAAGAAGAUGCGCCCAGAAAGUGAACCCGCACGUAUCCUACCUCUUGACUACUCCCUCUGCGCUCCUCGAGAUCUCGUCCUCUUGAUCAGUAGCAUGCUCAUGGACCUCAUUCGUUACAACGACACCAUUCCUUUACGCGAUGGACAUCUGACGCGAUUUCACAGUCGAGCACCACCAGGCAUAUCGGUGACAGAUUACCUGCAGCGUCUCACCACACAUGCGACGCUUCCUCCACCAAUUCUGCUGAGUAUGGUCUACUAUAUCGACAAGUUGUGUGCGCUAUACCCAGCAUUCACAAUCUCGAGCUUGACCGUGCAUCGCUUCCUGAUCACAGCUGCCACGGUCGCGAGUAAAGGACUGAGUGAUAGUUUCUGGACCAACAAAACAUAUGCAAGAGUGGGAGGCGUGAGUCUGCGGGAAUUAGCACUGUUGGAGCAAGAGUUCUUGUGGAGGAUCGUGCCACAACCAGAAGUUUUGGUAGACUAUUAUAAGAGCUUAGUCAACAGGACGGCUGGUUAUGAGCUGGAAAGUGAACAGGCUGCGGCUGGCAGGGCAGCGCAUCAGCAUCAAACAGGAUUAGCAAGAGAUGCUGGUUGA